AUGGAAUCCAAGCAAGUAACAAAGGAAGGCGAAGCAAGAGUUGCAGAGCCAUCACCAGCUUCUGAAAACAAAAGCGUUGCAAUUUCAAUGCCUAACGAGAAGGAAGAGCAGUUAAAAGAAGAUAAAGAGUCUUCAAAUGAUUCCCAAAUCGGGCAGGGGCUUCGUGCCGCCGUAUUGGGAGCAAAUGACGGGCUGCUCACCACCGCCUCGCUAAUGAUGGGAGUCAGCGCAGUCAAUCCCAAAUUUAUGAUUUUAUCGGGGCUUGCAGCCCUCAUAGCAGGAGCCUGCAGCAUGGCCAUUGGAGAAUUCGUUUCUGUGCAAACCCAACGGGACGUCGAAAUCUCAAUCUUGAGAAAAAGAAAGAUCAACAAAGAUGGAACGGAAGCCCAGAAGCCCGAAUCCUCACCAUUUAGUGAAAGAGACGCUCUCCCGAAUCCUCUUCUGGCGGCUUGCUCAUCGGCUCUUGCAUUUUCUGUGGGAGCAUUUCUUCCUUUGAUCUCUGCAGCCUUCAUUGAAGAUUAUAAUGUUAGAGUUGGAGUGCUUGCAGGUGUUUCUAGCUUGGCACUUUUUAUGUUUGGGGUGGUGGGUGCUUACUUUGGCCGAGCUUCUCUAGUGAAAGGAGGACUCAGAGUGCUCAUUGGAGGAUGGAUUGCCAUGUCUGUGACUUAUGGAUUGUUGAAGCUUCUUCAACGUACUGAAGUGGCAGAUGAUGUGUAG